AUGGCCGCCUUCCUCUCCACUGUCUGCCUCGCUGCCGUGACGGUCGCCGCGGCGGGAGGCUCCGACAGCACCGCCAGCGCCAGUGAGGCCGACGCGAUCGCCUGGCAGGCGUGCCUCCUGCAGUCCAGCAGCUCCGUCGAAGCCGCCGCCCUUCCCGCGCCGACGCUCGUGCCGGCGCGGAGCGCCGAGGCCAAGCGGCGGCCGAAGGGCGGCGCGGCCGCCCGGCGCGCGGCCGCCGCGGGCGCCGGCGCCGCCGCCUCGCUGGCGCAGGCGGGCAGGCGCGCGGGCGCCCGGGCCGCGGCGGCGGUCGCGGGCGCGGCUGCCCGCGCGGUGCGGCACGCGGCCGCGCCGCUGGAGGAGCUCGCGCUGCGGGCGGGCCUCGUGGCCUCGCUGUGGCUCGCGGUGACGCUGACGAUCUGCUGGAUGCUCUGGAACGUGCGGUCGGACGCCACGACGCUCCAGGGCUCCCCCUGCCAGACGAUCGGGGUCAUCUCGUACGUCAUCGCAGCAGUAGUCGUCGUGCCAGCGAUCGUGGCAUCGAGUUUGUCCCCCGUGGCGCUGGUUCGCAUCCAGAUCGCGGGCCUUCUGGCACUUCUUUUGACAGAAGCCACACCCCAUCUGCUGGGCUUGGGGGCCAUCGCUUGGGGUCGUUCUCGUUUGUUGAGUCCCUCCGCGACGUUAUCGACGCAGGCCUCAACGCCAACAUUUCCAGGACCCCCUCUGUGCAUUUGCAUUGCGGCUCGCAUAUCCAACGAGACUGACACACUGCCUGCCACCCUCAGCCAAUUCUUGCCUACUGAAGACGGCGGCCAAGGAGUUCGCAUACCUAAGGGCUCUCUGAUCCUGCUCGCAUACAACCCCAGGCCAAACCAGGCUGAGCAGGCGUGCUUGAAGGAGUGCGCGAGGAUUGCAGCCAUGAUACCCGGAACAUCGUUUCAGGCGUUGAACGUCCCGGAUGGAAAGUGCAAAGCGGACGUGGUGAACGCCGCGCUCGCCUUCCUCGCUGCGAAGCCCACGUCAUCCCAGCCUGGCAUGAUUUGCUUCAUGGACGCUGACAUCAUCCUAAAGCAUAAGGAUGGGCUGAUCAGUGGUAUUCGGCAGCUCCAGGUCGGCCACCCGAAGGUCUCGGCCUUGUCCGCUACCAGGAUUAAUAUUCACACUGGUAGCUUCUUGGUUGCUGCGGAGUUCCAGUUGAAACAAUUCCUGAACACCGGAUACGGCUGCCUUCUUGGCACUGGUUGGAUGACUGGUGCAUUGUUGAUCAUGCGCACCGAACUUGCUCUGAAGUAUGGGUUCGAUAGCCAUUGUCUGGUCGAGGAUAAUGAUAUGCUCGUGCGCAUGGCUGCAGAUGGGCAUUUCUGUUCAAAUCCAGCAGACAUCGAGGUGAUGACUGAGGCCCCGCCAGGUCUGAAGUCUUUCCUGACUCAGCGAACUCGCUGGGCACAAGGUGCCACCUGGGUGGCAAUGUUCAGUUUACCGCUCGCUCUGGCUGCGGGUUCCCUUGGAGGCGCUUGCUUGGCCCACCGCGCCCAAGCGAAAACGCGGUGGAUUAUAUUCUGGAUCUUUCUGCGGGCGAUUCUGAAGUACUUGGUGCCCCUUCUGAUUCCAGCCUUCGUCGCAGUGACCUGGCACUGUGGAUCCUCUUGCGCAGUUCCUGACGGUCUCUUCGAACUGCGGGGCGCUUUGUAUUGGGCAUAUAUCUGUCAGAUGGUGUCGAUUAUUGCCGCGGCAGCUGCGUUGGAUCAUCCGUGGCUGAAGUGGUAG